CCUCCAUGCCACACUCUGCCUGUUAUCCUUAAUUCACGUGUCAUUUGUGAUCUCAUCCAGGCGGACGUUUACCACGCGUACCAAGUCGUGCGUGAAAACAAUGUUCCACCGGAGAAUAUAAUUACCUUCGCAUACGACGAUAUUGCAAACAGUCGCAAAAACCCGUUUAAAGGCAAAGUGUUCCAUGACUACGAGCACGAGGAUGUCUACAAGGGCGUGGUAAUUGACUACCGUGGAAAAGAUGUCACACGGGAUAACUUCUUGAAAGUAUUAAAAGGCGAUAAGAAACUUGAAGCCAACAAGAAGAAGGUGCUUAAAAGCGGUCCUAACGACAACGUGUUCAUCUUCUACUCCGGCCAUGGUGGGGCUUCCUAUAUAACCUUCCUAAAAGAAUAUGAAUCCACAUCACUGGUGACUGUUUCAUCGAGUGCCUCAUCCCGUGCUCACAAGAAUUUUCUUCUUGUCUUGCGACAGUUGUAUGCCAUGGAGUUGAACGAUACCCUCGCCUACAUGCAUUCAAAAAAAAUGUUCAACAAAUUAGUGCUGUACGUGGAGGCAUGCUACUCUGGCUCCAUGUUUAAAGAUGUUAUUCCUUCACAUAUGGGA